UAUUAAUUACUUUCUGAACAACAAUCGUUUAUAGUUCCAGAGCGCAAGUUCAUGCUGUUAAUAGCAGUUCUGUAGCAUGUUAAAGUUGUCAAAAAUACACGAUUUUUGUUCUUAAAAACAGAAAAAUUAAAACAAAAUGUAUUUAACUUUGUUAAAUGGCACCGGCUAUGUUUUUGAUGUGGACGAUUACAUGGAACUACGCAUGAAAUACCGCAUAAUGGGAGCUCUCGUGGGCACGGCCAACAGCAAAGGUUGGAGCUCGAGUGAAGCAGCUCUUCCCUUGGAGCUGACGAAAUGCGAGACACAGUUGCUCAUAGAUGAGGGCUUGGCCAUUCUGGUUAGCAAGACCGCCUCCUUAACAAAGUCUCCAUCUUUAGAUAUAUUACAGAAUAAUCAACAAGAGCUCACGUCACGUUUAGAAGCACAGGCCGAUGUUCUGAAGGCGGAAAAAAUGCGCGAAACCGAACGUCAUGUGGACAAAAUCCUAAGCGGCAAACGCAACAAGUUGGUAAAGCAAGGGAAAGCUGACGAAGCUGCUGCACUUACGUCAGAAAAUGUGAUUCAAGAAGUCGCAAAUAAUUUUGAAUUCGACCUUCAAAAUGCGCUCGUGGAACUGCCUUGUCCGCAUAUGACAAAUCACGAUGGUCGACUGUGGACUGAUCCGAUUUGCGACCGUAACUCGCUGAAAUAUCGGGUCUUUCGUGAUCUUUGGGGCCGUGGCAAGUUCGUCACUUGUGGCGAUGCCUUUGGCGCCGACUUCUUGAUAUAUCCCGGGGAUCCGCUGCUCUAUCACGCCUCCCACAUUGUCAUCAUACAAUCAACACCCGCGAUACGUCCCUUGGAGCUGAUUGCUAAGGUCCGAUUGUCAGUCACUGUCAACAAGAGCUGUGUAUUUGCCUAUGAAGAAACUGAUGGAAAUAUUAUCGUUUACCAAACAGUUGCCUGGUGCAAUCCUAGCAAAUAAUUGAAAGAAAGAGUACCGGGGGCAACGAUAAGCAGCAGCGCGCCAUUCAGUCGUUGUGAAAGCUCGUGAACGUGGAGUAGUGGAGCAGCAGCAGCA